AUGACAUACGGAUCACUGGGCCUCGUGGCCGCGCUGGCGUCCGCCGGACGCGUUGCUGCUCUCGCAAACGGGCUGGCUGAUACGCCUCCGAUGGGAUGGAACAACUGGAACGCGUUCGCUUGCGACGUGUCGGAGCACCUGCUGUUCAGCACCUCAGACCGCAUCGUGAGCCUCGGCCUGCGCGAUCUGGGCUACAACUACGUCGUCCUUGACGACUGCUGGCAGGCCGAGGAGGGGCGCGAUGCCAAGGGCAUCAUCCACCCGAACCCGAACAAGUUCCCCAACGGCAUGAAGCACGUCUCCGACUACGUCCACAGCCUGGGCAUGAAGUACGGCAUGUACUCUACCGCCGGCGAGAUGACCUGCGCGAGAUUCCCCGGCUCUCUCGACCACGAGAAGGAGGACGCCGAGAACUUUGCCGCCUGGGGCGUCGACUUCCUCAAGUACGACAACUGCUACCACAUGGGCCGCAUGGGAACGCCCCAGAUCUCCUUCAACAGAUUCAAGGUCAUGGCCGACGCCCUCAAGGCCACGGGCCGCGACAUCACCCUGAACCUCUGCAACUGGGGCGAGGACUACGUCCACACGUGGGGCAUGUCCAUCGCCAACUCCUGGCGCAUGUCGGGCGACAUCUACGACUCCUUCACCCGCCCCGACGACCUCUGCAGCUGCAACACGGCCUCGGACCCCUUCUGCGUCGCCCCCGGAACCCACUGCUCCGUCCUCUUCAUCCUCAACCGCGUCGCCGCCUUCGCCGACAAGGGCAUCCCCGGCGGCUGGAACGACCUCGACAUGCUCGAGGUCGGCCAGGGCGGCAUGACGGACGAGGAGUACAAGGCGCACUUCGCCCUCUGGGCCGCCCUCAAGUCGCCCCUCUUCCUCGGCAACGACCUGCGCUCCAUGCCCGCCGAGGCCCUCACCAUCGUCAACAACCCGGCCGUCGUCGCCAUCAGCCAGGACCCCCACGGGCGCAGCGCGUUGCGCGUGAGGAGGGACGUCGGGGGUAGUCUGGUGCCCGACGAGUUCGGCGUCGCCGAGGCGCAGGUCUGGAGCGGCCGGCUCGAGAACGGCGACCAGGUCGUCAUCUUCCUGAACGCGGCGGGCGCCGAGAUCGAGAUGGAGUCGUCGCUCGCCGAGAUCUUCGUCGCCGACGGACCGGGCGGUUCGGCGCCGCAGGUGCGGUACAAGUGGGCCGUGAACGACCUCUGGGCGGACCGGAUGCCGACGGAGACGGCGGAGGCGCUGCUCCGGGCGGAGAGCGACGACGAGAGGGUCAGGGUGUUCAGGGAGGCGAACUGGUACAAUGCCACCGAGAUCCCGUACGCCGUCGGUCUCGAGAGGGAGGACCCGAGGCUGUUUGGCAAGAAGAUUGGCGAGGUCGAGGCGAGGGGCGUGUUGAAGGCCACGGUGCCUAGCCAUGCGGCCAAGGUCUUCCGCCUCAGGAGGAUCGCGCAGCCUGGCGACGGCUUCAAGGCGAAGAGCCACGACCGCACCAACAGGGCGGUCAAGGACGAGCUCUGA